AGAAGCAAAUUAUAUAGUCGGGAAUACGUUGAUAAGGAGUCCGCGGUUGAACAUGGACUGGGGGACAGAUCUUUGGGAUCAGUAUGACGUCAUUGAUAAACACACACAGUCGGGCUUGGAUUUGGUGGAGAAAUAUGUGAAAUUUGUCAAGGAAAGAACAGAAGUAGAACAGAACUAUGCCAAGCAGUUGAGAAAUCUUACGAAGAAGUACAGCCCAAAACGAGGGAGCAAGGAAGAACAGGAAUGCAGGUUCUCAAAUCACCAGGCCUUCUUGGACAUUUUGAAUGAGUUAAACGACUACGCAGGACAGAGGGAGCUCAUUGCCGAAAACAUGAUGAUGAACAUCUGUAUUGAACUCACCAAAUACCUACAGGAGAUUAAGCAGGAGCGAAAGACACAUCUGUCUGAGGCCAAGAAAGCACAGCAGUCUCUGGAGAGCACCUACAAGCAGCUGGACUGUAGUAAGAAACGCUUUGAGAGGGAGUGGAGAGAAGCAGAAAAAGCUGCACAGUACGCCGAGAAAACCGAUCAAGACAUCAAUGCCACCAAAGCCGACGUAGAGAAGGCUAAACAGCAGGCACACAUGCGUACCCACAUAGCGGAGGAGUGUAAGAACGAUUAUGCUGCACAGCUACAGAAAUACAACAAAGAGCAGAGCCAGUUUUACUUCACCGACAUGCCACUUAUCUUCAAUAAGCUGCAGGACAUGGACGAGAGGCGUGUUGGGAAACUGGCGCAAGGUUACAUCCUGUUCGCAGAAACGGAGAAACAGGUCAUGCCCAUCAUCGGGAAGUGUCUGGAGGGCAUCGUCAGGGCUGGCACCAAUGUGAACGAGAAGAAUGACUCUAUGGCCCUCAUAGAGCAACACAAAUCUGGUUUUGAGAGGCCAGGUGACCUGGAGUUUGAGGACUACAGUCAGGGCAUCAACCGUGCUUCCUCUGACACCAGUCUGGGUACUCCAAAAGGCCCCUUAGACCUACUGGGCAAAAACAAGAGCAAACCUUUCUGGCUUUUCUCCAAGAAGAGUAAGGUAGAGCCUCCUCCUCUCCCGCCGCUCUCCUCCUCUUCCGCCCCGCCCACACCCUUCUCUACACCCCCCGCCCCCUCGCCCGCUAACGGACCCCCCUCCCCCAAGUUUGGCCGGGACCCACUGUCCUACUGUUUGAAGGAGAUCAAUAAGACAGUCAAACCCAGAAUCUCCUCUUUCCGGAGCCUCAGGAGAACGCCCACACCGACAGAGGACUUUGCCCACCUUCCGCCGGAGCAGCGGAGAAAGAAGCUACAGCAGAAGAUCGAUGAUAUCGGCAAAGAGCUACAAAAGGAAAUAGAUCAGAGUGAGGCUCUGGGGAAAAUGAAAGAUGUGUAUGAGAAGAAUCCCCAGAUGGGUGAUGCUGCCACUCUGGCCUGUCAAAUCAACCAGACAGCUCAGAACAUGGAGAGACUGCGUGGAGAGCUCAACAAAUACGAGUCCUGGCUGACAGAGGCAGGAGGUCGAGGGGACACCUUGCGUUAUGCACCACACUCUCUCAACAACAACGGCGCACACAACGCAUAUAGUCUUUACCUGUGUUUCUCCACAUUCAGUCCCGAUGGAGCUCAUUCUGAUGGGAGCACUCCCGACCCCUCCCAGGCCAUUUACGCGGAAUUUGAUGAUGACUUCGAAGAGGAGGAGCUAGCAGCUCCCAUUGGUCAAUGCACAGCACUCUACAACUUUCCAGGUUCAAGUGAGGGCACCAUCUCCAUGCAGGAGGGGGAGGUGUUGGAUGUUGUGGAAGAGGACAAAGGGGACGGGUGGACACGCGUGAGGAGGAGCAACGGAGACGAGGGAUACAUCCCCACCUCUUAUGCCAACAUUAAACUGAACAAGUGA